AUGGCAGUAUUGGCCGUGUUCACACUCGGUCUACUUGGCUGGUGUUCAGACCAUCGAAGCAUGGAACGACUCGACAGCAAGCAAAACGCAGCACAGGAAACCAUGAACUCCCAUCAGAGCGAAGAGAAUUCACUGGACAUCCUGACUGAUCUUCCACCAUCAUACGAAGACACCCAGCAGUCGUGGGAGCCCUUUGGACCACACCUGUUCAUAUGUCAAGCCCGUAGAUCAGACGGUGCACGUCGCAUUCAAUGUAGUACUGCCGAGAAGAAGAAGCAACCAUCCCCCGACAUCUUCUUCACCUGCACAUUCCAGCCUAGAAGCAUUGAGUAUGGCAGAGCAUCGCUGACCUGA